CUUGAGGAGGUAUUUGAUAGAGCCUCUUUGAAGUUGGGUUCAGAAGUGUAGAAUUGGCAAAGUUAUUGCCAGCUUCCUGCAUCAGCAACAGCAAUUUGUGAUUGGCAGUACCAGACAUUCAGUUGUACAUCCCCACAUCAAUGCACUGCCAAUGGGUUAUAUCCUGUGUUGUGACCUCAUGGUUUAAGUGGGAAUAAAGAUGAGUAUAAGCAGUGAUGAGGUCAACUUCUUGGUAUAUAGAUACUUGCAAGAGUCAGGAUUUUCUCAUUCAGCGUUCACCUUUGGUAUAGAAAGCCAUAUCAGUCAGUCUAACAUAAAUGGUGCCCUCGUCCCGCCUGCUGCAUUGAUUUCUAUCAUCCAGAAAGGUCUACAGUAUGUAGAAGCAGAAGUUAGUAUUAAUGAGGAUGGUACCUUGUUUGAUGGUCGACCAAUAGAGUCUCUGUCACUGAUAGAUGCCGUAAUGCCUGAUGUAGUACAAACAAGACAACAAGCUUACAGAGAUAAACUUGCACAGCAACAAGCAGCAGCUGCUGCAGCUGCCGCAGCUGCAACAAACCAACAAGGAUCUGCAAAAAAUGGAGAAAACACGGCAAAUGGGGAGGAGAAUGGAGCACAUACUAUAGCAAAUAAUCAUACUGAUAUGAUGGAAGUGGAUGGGGAUGUUGAAAUCCCUCCUAAUAAAGCAGUUGUGUUACGGGGCCAUGAAUCUGAAGUUUUCAUCUGUGCCUGGAACCCCGUUAGUGAUCUCUUGGCAUCAGGGUCUGGAGACUCAACAGCAAGAAUAUGGAAUCUUAGUGAAAAUAGCACUAGUGGCUCCACACAGUUAGUACUUAGACAUUGUAUACGAGAAGGAGGGCAAGAUGUCCCAAGCAACAAGGAUGUGACAUCUCUAGAUUGGAAUAGUGAAGGUACACUUCUAGCAACUGGUUCCUAUGAUGGGUUUGCCAGAAUAUGGACUAAAGAUGGUAACCUUGCUAGCACCUUGGGGCAGCAUAAAGGCCCUAUAUUUGCAUUAAAAUGGAAUAAGAAAGGAAAUUUCAUCCUAAGUGCUGGAGUAGACAAGACUACAAUUAUUUGGGAUGCACAUACUGGUGAAGCCAAACAACAAUUUCCUUUUCAUUCAGCGCCAGCAUUGGAUGUUGAUUGGCAGAGUAACAACACCUUUGCUUCUUGUAGUACAGAUAUGUGCAUUCAUGUCUGUAAGUUAGGACAAGACAGACCUAUUAAAACAUUCCAGGGACACACGAAUGAAGUAAAUGCUAUCAAAUGGGACCCAACUGGCAAUCUCUUGGCAUCCUGUUCUGAUGACAUGACUUUAAAGAUAUGGAGUAUGAAACAAGACAACUGUGUCCAUGAUUUGCAAGCACAUAAUAAAGAAAUUUAUACUAUCAAGUGGAGUCCAACAGGGCCAGGGACAAAUAAUCCAAAUGCCAACCUCAUGUUAGCAAGUGCAUCCUUUGAUUCUACUGUUAGAUUAUGGGAUGUAGACCGAGGAAUUUGCAUCCAUACUCUGACAAAACACCAAGAGCCUGUGUACAGUGUAGCUUUCAGUCCUGAUGGCAGGUAUCUGGCAAGUGGUUCUUUUGACAAAUGUGUGCACAUCUGGAACACUCAGACAGGUGCUCUAGUUCACAGCUAUAGGGGAACAGGUGGAAUUUUUGAAGUUUGUUGGAAUGCAGCAGGAGACAAGGUUGGAGCCAGUGCAUCAGAUGGUUCAGUUUGUGUAUUAGACCUUCGGAAAUAGCGCUACUAGUUGGAAGCCAUGGACCGACUAUGAAUGUGUAUAUAGCCAAAAUGACUGUCCCUGACCCAAGUACUGCUAUAGUCCCACUUGAACCAUGGCCAGUCCACUACAGCCAAAUCUAAGAGAAAUAUAUACAUAUAGUGUAUAUAAACAAAAUUGCACCCUGAAGAUGACAGAAUUUUGUCACAGCUUGUGAAUUCUGUUCACCAAGUGCUGGAAUCUAAUCUGCUGUGCUCCUAAAAUAGCAUUUAGAAGUUUUGGAUAUGAAAAACAGAAGAGAGAAAAAAAUAAGCGUUAUAAAAGCAGCCCAUACAUGUACGAGUUUUUGGAUACUAAUGACAGCCUUGUUUCUCCCCUUUGAAUCAGCAGACACCAUGGAUUAUAUUCUUUUUUCCCUUCAGUAGUUUAGCAGUUUGUAUGUACAGAGAAAACGGACUUACAAAAACUUGCAGCAGUAGUUUGUUCUUGCUUUUAAACUUUGUUUUUGGUUUAGUUUAUGGAUGCAUGAAGUAAGGGAGUGAAUCAGUUUCUUGUUUAUAUUUUUUUCACCUUUUAAACAAAAAGUUCUUAAAAAUAUUUUACUGCAUUCUUUUGAAGAGAUAGAUGUUUGGUACAUUUAUGGCUCCCAGAGCAUAUAUUCGAUUGGUGCAUGUUGUAGAAGGGGGAAUUGGAAAUUAAAUGGAACUAUAUGACUUUGGUCAUGUCAAUCUGUAAGACACAUCAGUAAAAGGGUAUUAUGCUCUGUUUUUUGUUUUUGCUUUUGCUUUGUUUUUUUGUUGUGAGGGGUUUUUUGUUUUGUUUUGUUUUCUCUUUGGUUUUUUUGUUUUGUUUUUUGGUGAUGUGGCUUAAAUGCAAUAGUUUCUUUUUUGGGACAUAUUUCUGCCAAUUAAAGACUAGAAGGGCACAAACUUUUUUUAAUACCAUAGAGAAGAUGCAUAAAAAAAAAUCUUCUGAUGUCUUGUAGCCAUAACUAAAUUAUGGUUAAAAUGUGCACUAUUGUGAAAAGGAGCAAAGUAGGUUUGAGGUUUUUUUUGUUGUUUGUUUAUUUGUUUCUUUUGCUUUGUUUUUUAAGAGAUUAAAAUGUUUCUGGAUAAGGAUUAGCUUCUCAAAGUGUCCAUCAUUCUGUGUAGAAGCUUAAAUAUGUAAUGUAACCAAACUCCAGUAUUAAAAAUCUCUCGUUAUUUUUCUUUUUACAAAGCAAGAUAACAA